AUGCCCCCGGGGCGCCUCCGGGGGACAUCGCUAACCCUCUGGUUUGCUAUCGGAUGUGGUGCCGAUAUGGCCCUGUAUGGUUACGACCAGGGUGUCUUUGGCGGUGUCGUUAUCUCCCCAGACUACCUCCACGUGCACGACCUGGAAGGUCCUUCGAAGACAAGUAUACUCAGUACGGUGACUGCUAUUUACAACGUGGGCUGCUUCCUGGGUGCUGUUAGCGCUACAUGGAUCGGAGGGAAAUUGGGACGCAAAAGAUCUGUUCUCCUCGGAAUCGCUAUCAUGACCAUUGGGGCAAUUCUUCAGACUACCUCCUAUGGCGUUCCACAGAUGAUAGUCGGGCGAAUUGUUUCCGGUAUUGGAAACGGCAUUAACUCCUCCACUGUUCCUGUCUGGCAGACAGAGACGGCCCCUGCUAGAUUGAAAGGAAAGCUUGUCAUUCUGCAAAAUGCUCUCCUGCUCGUCGGCUUUUCAAUCUCCAAUUGGAUCAACUACGGUCUCGCCUUUGUUGACGGUCCUGUUUCCUGGCGAUUUCCCCUUGCCUUUCAACUGGUUUUCAUUAUCAUGAUCUUUCUCAUCAUUCCGUUUCUUCCAGAAUCACCAAGAUGGCUCAUUAUAAAGUCCCGGGAUGAAGAAGCGUUGAAUAUUCUCUCAGACAUCGAGGACAAACCUACAACUGACGCAUUAGUUCUCUCCCAGCUGCAGAGCAUAAAGUACACGGCAGAAUACGAGCGCAGCAACGGGAUGAGCUGGAGCGAACUUCUACGAGUGCAAGGCUCAAACAAAUCCGGCACCAAGACAAUCCGCCGCUUGAUUCUCGGAAUGGGCGUCCAAGUCAUGAUGCAAAUCUCGGGAAUCAACGUUACAUCUUACUACUUCCCAACCAUUCUAACAACAUCUGUUGGGCUAAGCGCAAAUAUGGCGCGGUUGUUGUCCAGCUGUAACAGUGUUCAGUACCUCCUCUGGGCCCUCCUCGGUAUUCGGCAGGUUGAUAAAUGGGGUCGCCGCAAGACCAUGAUGUUUGCUGCCACGGGACAAUGUUUUUGCUAUAUCCUUAUUACCGUGCUGGUCCGGUUCAACGAGAUGCCAGGAUAUCCGCAUGCGCAACAAGUUGCCUCCGCAGCCGUGGCAUUUUUCUUUCUCUACUACGUGUUCUUCGGCAUUGGCAUGCAAGGUAUACCGUGGUUGUACCCGACAGAGAUCAACUCCCUUACCAUGCGAACGAAAGGUGCGGCAAUCGGCGCCGCAACUAACUGGAUCUUGAACUUCAUGGUUGUGGAAAUCACACCUAUCGGGGUACAGAAUCUCGGCUGGCGUUUCUAUAUCAUUUGGGUUACCUUGAAUGCGGCAAUGGUGCCCACCAUGUAUUUCUUCUACCCAGAGACCGCUGGGCGAACCCUCGAGGAUAUGGACGAGUACUAUCGCUCGAGUCCCCCUCUUUUGGUAUUCCGCGACAAGGAAGCUAUCUCGCUCAAGAGACCUGAAAGGUAUAGGAUAAAAGAGGAGGAAGUUAUCAGGAAGAACGAUCUCAGCCAGGGUGCUGGAGAAGCACCAGUUGAAAAGGCCGCGGAUGGGUUUGUGGAACAUCAGGAAAACACAUCACAGUAG